GGGGCUAGCUAAUGAAGCUGGCAACGGCGUCUACGCUUCUCCCCUCCUCCCCCCCGGGCCCCUCUCCUCCUACUAUUCCAGGAGCAAAAUGCUGUCCCAAUUGGUGUGGGCACAUUAGUUUCUUAAGCAAGCGCCUCAUGUCGACCUAGAUAUGGAAUAAGGAAGACGGUCGAUUACGCGUGUUAUAAAAAGGCAUUCGCCCUCUUAUCCUCUGCCCCUCUUCCUCUACCCCUCGUUCCUCGCCUCUUCUCAGUUCAGAUUGUACCAUCGAAAUCCUCGUGUUUUUUCCCCCCCCAAGAUGGCAAACCCAGAAGAACCCUCUCGCAAGAAACUCAUCAUAAAUGCUGCGGUGCUCAUGUCUCCUAGCGGGUUUUCUCCCGGUCUCUGGCGCAACCCCGCCGAUCAAUCCUCGCGAUUCGACGACCUCAAGUUCUGGGUUAAGCUCGCCCAAACCCUCGAGGCAGCCAAGUUCCAUGGCAUCUUCAUUGCGGAUGCUCUCGGUGGUUAUGAGAUUUACAAAGGACCCCAUAAUCUGGAUCCAUGCAUCCUGACGGGGUCCCAAUUCCCAAAUAUCGAGCCCUUGUCGGUCAUCUCUGCCAUGGCUGCAGUUACGGAGAGUCUUGGGUUCAGUGUAACGGUGGCGACAACCUUUGAACAUCCCUACCAUUUGGCGAGAAGACUAUCGACCGUGGAUCAUUUGACGCAAGGCCGACUCGGCUGGAAUAUUGUGACCGGUUACUUGGACUCGGCGGCUCGCAACUUUGGUCUCACCAAGCAAGUUGAGCAUGACCAACGCUAUGUCAUCGCGGAAGAGUACAUGCAGGUCAUGUAUAAGCUCCUAGAGUCCUCCUGGCGCGAUGACGCGGUCCGCAAUAGUCCACAGUCAGGCAUCUUCACCGAUCCGUCGUGCGUACGGGAGAUCAACCAUGUCGGGGAACACUUCAACGUCCCCGGGCCACACAUCUGCCACCCAAGCCCCCAGCGGACGCCUCUUCUGCUACAAGCUGGCGCGUCCAAGGUCGGCAAGGCCUUUGCGGCGCAGCACGCUGAGGUGAUUUUCGUUUCGGGCCCUUCACCUGGUGCAGUCGCUUCGAACAUCGCGGAAACCCGCCAGCUGGCGCAGGAAAAAUUCGGCCGCGACCCAGCUCAUCUCAAGUGCGUCGCGCUGGUUUGCCCCGUGCUAGGCCGCACAGAGGAGGAAGCCCAGGAGAAGCAUCGCGAGUACGUGAAGCAGGGGUCGGUGGACGGUGCGCUGGCGCUGUUCGGCGGCUGGACGGGGAUUGAUCUCAGCAAGUACGGGGAAGACGAGGAGCUGCGCGAGGUGGAGAGUAACGCGAUCAAAUCGAUCACCGAGGCUUGGUCCAAGUCGUUCCCCGGCGUCAAGAAAUGGACCAAGACUGCCCUGGCCCAUCAGAUCAUUGUCGGUGGCCUCUGUCCUACCAUCAUUGGGACGGCGGAGCAGGUUGCCGACGAGCUGGAGCGAUGGGUGGAACUUGCCAACCUGGAUGGAUUCAACUUUUCUGCCGCGAUCAACCCGGAAUCCUUCAUUGACAUCGCCGAGAUGCUCCUGCCGGAGCUACGUCGCCGCGGUCUCUUCUGGGACGACUACGCCGUUAAGGGGGGUACCCUCCGCGAGAACUCCUAUGCGAUUCCCGGACAGAAGGGUCUCCCGGCCGACCACCCUGGUGCGCAGUAUCACUGGAAGGCGGGUGUGGAGGCAGCAGAUGCCCCGGUUUCGAAUUGAUUCAAAUCAAUAUGAAGAGAUGAAUAUAUAGUAGUGAAACAAGAAAUGGUACCAUGAACUAUCUAAUAUCUGUAUGCAUACACUUGCUGCCCAGUAAUCUUUUCACCCACCAACUAGAGAAGAGAAGAUGGUGGAUGUAGUAGAAUCAAUGCAAACCGGAUAGAUCUUACAUUUGUUGGAAAUACAAUACAAUAGAAAUCAAGAUGACAUCCCUGACGCAUUAAAAGAUAAGAAAAAAGAUGGGGGGGGAGGGAUAGAUAGU